GUCUUUAAGCAAACGCGUGUUACUUAGCCUGCCUGCCUGCCUAUACGCCUGCGCCAACCCUUUCUUCCCAAAGGCUCUGUCAGCACUUACACUCUUCCGAACGACGAUUGGCUGCUGCGAUUUUUCAUUUGGCGUGCGCUCUCUCUGGGUGUGUGUGCAAAGGAAUCGGAGUGCCACUAAGGAAGAAACAAACAAGUCCUCGCGAUCAACAAUACGCUUGCUUCCAUCACCUUUGUCAAUACCAGAUUUCGAUCUCGGUUCUAUUGCGAUCAAUUGGAACGUCGUCUGUUUUCCAUCACGCAAUCUAGAAGGAAAGUUUCGAACCGACAUAUUUGACGAAAUCUGAUCUUCUCCCCAUCUUCAAUUCGCCAAAAUGAUGUUGAGAUCGGUCGCUUCUACAUCUCGUAUGGCACGAGGCAGUAUGGCCAACAUCAGGCCAUCAAUCGCAAAUGCAAGCAGAGCUACCAGAUGUUUGUCCACCUCGGCUAUGCGUAAACAAGCAAGUGAAGCACCUAAACCACCACCAAAGAUGAUCAAAUUGCACGUCAAUGGCAAAGAGAUUGAAGUGGAACAAGGAACUGCUUUGAUUCAAGCUUGUGAAAAAGCAGGCGCUCAAAUUCCAAGAUUCUGUUAUCAUGAACGUCUUUUGAUCGCAGGAAAUUGUCGUAUGUGUUUGGUCGAAUCAAAAGGUGCACCUAAGCCUUUGGCAUCUUGCGCUUUCCCUGCCAUGCCCGGUCAACAAAUCUUCACAGAUACUCCUUUAGUCGCAAAAGCACGCGAAGGUGUUAUGGAAUUCUUGUUGGCAAACCAUCCUUUAGAUUGUCCAAUUUGCGAUUGGGGUGGCGAAUGUGAUUUACAAGAUCAAUCUAUGCGUUAUGGAUCCGAUCGUUCAAGAUUCCACGAAAUCACCGGAAAGCGCGCUGUCGAAGACAAGAACUUGGGACCAUUGGUAAAGACUGUUAUGACACGUUGCAUUCAAUGCACACGUUGCGUUCGAUUUGCCAAUGAUGUUGCCGGUGUUCAAGAAUUGGGUACCUCAGGUCGUGGAAAUCAAUUGCAAAUCGGUACUUACGUUGAAAAGAUGAUCGAUUCAGAAAUGUCUGGCAAUAUGAUCGAUCUUUGCCCAGUCGGUGCUUUGACAUCAAAACCAUACGCUUUCCACGCUCGUCCUUGGGAAUUGAAAAAGACAGAAUCCAUUGAUGUUUUGGACGGUGUCGGAAGCAAUAUCCGUGUCGAUUCUCGCGGUGUUCAAGUCAUGCGUAUUUUGCCACGCACAAACGAUGAUGUUAACGAAGAAUGGAUCAACGACAAAACACGUUUCGCUGCAGAUGGAUUGAAAUACCAAAGAUUGACAGCACCUCUGAUCAAGCAAGGUGACAGAUUCGUUACAGCAUCUUGGCCUGAAGCAUUGACUACCAUCGCUGAAGGACUAGAGUCAUCAGGAGCAAAGGGUGAUGAGAUCAAGGCAAUCGCAGGAUCACUAGCUGAUGUCGAAAGUUUGGUUGCUUUGAAGGAUUUGAUGAACAGACUAGGAUCAGAAAACUUGGCACUUGACGUUCCCGCAGGUGGACUUCCACCACCACAAGGUGUCGACUUCCGAUCCAACUACUCGUUCAACUCGACCAUUGCUGGAAUUGAAGAUGCCGAUGCAGUUCUACUUGUUGGAACCAAUCCACGUCACGAAGGAGCAAUCGUCAACACCCGUAUCCGCAAGGCAUUCUUGCACAACGGAUUGGACGUUGGUAUGAUUGGUGAAAACGUUGAUUUGACAUACGAUUACCACCAUGUAGGAUCAGAUGCAAAGGCAGUUGACGAUUUCAUUGCCGGAAAGGGUGGUGAAUUCGCAAAGAUUUUCAAGAAGGCAAAGAAACCAAUGAUCAUCGUGGGUAGCGCUGUUACAGAGCACGUUGAUGGACCUGCAAUCUUGUCGAGCUUGGCCAAGUUGGUCGAAAGCGAAAAACAAAGAUUCUUGACUCCUGAUUGGAACGGAUUCAACGUUCUACAAAGAACAGCAUCAAAGGUUGGUGCUUACGAUGUCGGAUUCGUGCCCACAAAAGCAGCUGCCAACACCACACCCAAGUUUGUUUACCUACUCAACGCUGAUGAUUUCUCACCUGAUGCAAUUCCAAAAGACGCUUUCGUUGUAUACCAAGGACAUCAUGGUGACGUUGGAGCACAAUUUGCUGAUGUUUGCUUGCCAGGUUCAGCGUACACUGAAAAGACUGCUACAUACGUUAACACAGAAGGUAGAACUCAGCUAACGCGUGCCGCUGUUCCAUCACCUGGAGCUGCUCGUGAAGACUGGAAGGUGUUGCGUGCACUUUCAGAAGUUUUGGGAACACCUUUGCCAUAUGAUGAAACACUGGAUAUCCGUGAUCGUCUAUUUGAGAUUAGUCCAACUUUGAUCAGAUAUGAUGUUGCUGAACCAGCUGGACAAACAAGUUUGGCAUUCAGUGAAUUACAAAGAAAUCUCAAAGGAGCAAAAGCAACAGGAGCACCUCUAUUACGUCCAAUCACAAACUUUUACAUGACCGAUCCAAUCAGCAGAGCAAGUCCAACGAUGGCUAAAUGCACAAAUGCAUUCUUGCUAAAGGCACCCAUUCAAGAUGAGGAUAGCGUACCUUUCGCAAGUUUGAAUUAGAUUCAUCAAUCAAAUUUGUAAAACUGCAUUUGUAGAUAAAACCCGUACAAUAUGAUUAAUUUUGUGUUGAGAAUAGUAGCUACAUGGUUAUAAUUAUAAUAUACAGUAUAACAGAUGUUCCAUUGAAGAGGAUCUGUCCCAAUUCUCACUGUGAUUAGAAAGGAGCUGUAUUGCUGAAAUCGACGAAUUUAUCGCUUCCAUUAUCGAGA